CACGUCUUACUGAAUAUCUGAUACUGACAAUUUGAAAAUACUUGAGUUCAAAUUCAUCCAUAACGAACAACCAUUUCCUUCUCUCAUUAAUGACCACAUUAUAAUCAAUCCCAUCUUUGAUCCUGUAGUGGUCAGAGCAAAAAUGGAGACGGCUUUGUUGGGUGGAGGAGAAGGCAGCAGUGGCGACCAAAGAAGGGAUCGUAGGAACUUGUUUAACAGAACAGAUGCCAUUACUUAUGGAUCAACAUACCAGAAGGCCGCUGCUUUGGUUGAUCUCGCUGAAGAUGGUGUUGGUAUACCUGAGGAAAUUCUUGAUAACUCGAGCUUUGCAAGUUCUCUGAAAUCCUACUUCAUAUUUAUUCGAUUUGACUUUCUCUGGUCUCUUAACUACUUUGCAUUAAUCAUUCUAAAUUUCUUUGAGAAACCUCUAUGGUGUUCUGGGUAUUGCAAUAAUAGAGGUUACUACUUUCUCGGGCAGCUGCCAUACUUAACUGGUGCUGAGAGUCUUGUAUAUGAGGUUGUUACACUCUUGAUCCUAAUUUUACAUACUCUGUUUCCAUUAUCAUAUGAAGGGAUUGGUUUCUUCUGGAGAAAACUUCUUAACAAAGUUAAGGUACUUCUGUUGUUACUAUUGGUUGCCGAUCUAUUAGUCUAUGUUAUCUAUCUGUCCCCGGUGGCAUUCUAUACUCUUCCAUUUAGGAUUGCACCCUAUAUACGGGUUGUAUUUUUCAUCCUGAACAUCAGGGAUUUACGAGAUAGCAUUGUCAUCCUGGCUGGAAUGUUCGGCACGUACCUUAAUAUUCUGGCUCUAUGGGCUUUGUUUCUCUUGUUCUGUAGCUGGUUGGCAUUUGUUAUUUUUGAAGAUACGCAACAGGGAAAGACUAUAUUCACUUCAUAUGGUACCACAUUAUACCAAAUGUUUGUUUUAUUUACGACUUCCAAUAACCCAGAUGUCUGGAUUCCUGCAUACAAGGCCUCACGGUGGUAUUGCCUAUUUUUUGUUCUCUACGUGCUGUUGGGCGUUUACUUUGUCACCAAUUUGAUUCUUGCUGUUGUAUAUGAUAGCUUUAAAAGUGAGCUCGUAAAACAAGUCGAUCAGAAGGAUCGUACAAGGAUGAGAAUACUAAAGAAAGCAUUUGACCUGAUGGAUAAUUAUAAUCUUAAUUAUCUCAACAAGGAUCAGUGUAUUCUUCUGUUCGAAGAACUGAACAAAUACAGGACAUUACCAAAGAUAUCCAGAGACGAUUUUGAAUUAAUAUUUCAUGAGUUGGAUGACAGUCACGACUUCAAGAUUAAUUUGGAUGAAUUUGCUGACCUUUGCAAUGCCAUUGCACUAAGGUUUCAAAAGGAGGAUUCAGUACCUAUUUUUGAAAGCCUUGCAUUUUACCGUUCACCCGCAUCUAAAAGGCUGAAAGACUUUGUUAAAAGUCCGAAAUUUGGAUACAUAAUAGUGUUCAUCCUUGCCCUGAAUUUUGUUGCAGUCAUUAUUGAAACAACGCUUGAUAUACAGAACAAUUCUGCUCAAGAGGCUUGGCAGAAGGUGGAAUUUGUGUUUGGAUGGCUAUACGUAGUGGAGAUGGCAUUAAAGGUCUAUGCUUAUGGAUUUCAGAACUAUUGGAGAGAUGGUCAAAAUCGCUUUGACUUUAUAAUCACCUGGGUAAUAGUUGUUGGAGAAACAGCAACUUUCGUGUCUCCCCAUGGCCUAGCUUUUCUUUCCAAUGGUGAAUGGAUUCGAUAUCUUCUUAUAGCAAGAAUGUUAAGAUUGAUUCGGCUAUUGUUGCAUGUUCAGCGUUACCGGGCCUUUGUUGCAACAUUUUUUACUCUAAUACCAAGUCUAAUGCCAUAUUUGGGGAUCAUAUUCUGUGUCAUGUGCAUUUAUUGCUCUCUAGGUGUACAGAUCUUUGGGGGGAUCGUCAAUGCUGGAAAUCCAAAUCUUGAAGGCACUGAUCUCAAUGAUAAUGACUACUUACUCUUCAACUUCAAUGACUACCCAAAUGGGAUGGUAACACUUUUCAAUCUACUGGUGAUGGGGAACUGGCAAGUGUGGAUGCAGAGCUACAAGGAUUUGACUGGAACUGCAUGGUCUUAUGCAUAUUUCAUCAGCUUCUAUCUUAUUACAAUUGUACUACUACUGAAUUUGGUUGUGGCUUUUGUAUUGGAGGCAUUUUUUGCUGAAAUGGAUCUUGAAACUUCAGAGAAAUGUGAAGAUGCGAUCGGCAAGGAUGAAAGUCAAAAGGAGCGACGUAAUGUAGGCACAAAGACGAGGAGUCAGAGAGUUGAUAUGCUUCUCCACCAUAUGUUGAGUGCUGAGCUGGGGAAGACAGAGUUCUCCUCCCCGUAAACUUGGUCCAUUUCUUAUCCUUGCUAGUUCCUCCAACAAGAACAAAGGAAAAAUUAAGCAUUCUGGAGAUUGUUUAGCAGUUUUAGAGAUUUCCAUCGUUGUUGGUCUCGCAUUUCAGAAUGAUAAAAUAUUGGUUCCACUACAUUUUCUGGACUAAUACAUUUAUUUUCUACCAGCAUUCUUUUCUUUAUAUCCUUUUGAAUUGUUGAAGAGAACCCUCCUUCCCUGCUCCAACUACUAUUCUCCUACUCAGAACUAUUAAUUUCAACUCGUUCUUUUGAUGGGCUACAAUUUUUUUGGGUUUCUUCUGGCAGUUUGUAUGUGCGUUAUGUGGAUUGAAAAUGUGAAGGAAUACAGUCUACUGAUUAUGAUUU